CGAUACAAAUGGCACCACAUGGGGAAUUGUCGUAACCUUGAAUGAUAAACUUAAUCGUUUUAAAACAACACAAAAUAUCAAAAUGCUGCAAUGGAUAUCACAGCUAAGUACUGCCAUAAGGAGAUGGAAGCCUAUGGCUCCUGUGUCGCCUCCAACCCAUCCAUAUGGCAGGAGAAGUGUCAUGAACUGAAGAUGAAGGUUGCACAUUGCACAUCCUCACACCCGGUGAUCCAGAAGAUCAGACAUGAUUGCUCCAAGCAGUUUGUGGAGUUCGAGAAGUGCCUCAGGGAAAACCAGGGUACUCCGGCCUCCUGUUCUGCCCACGUGGCCCGCUUUCUAGGCUGUGCAGAGACGGUAGAUCUCAGUGGAGUAGAGACAAACCCAGUACCCGUGCCUUCGUAGACUCCAACCAUCUUUUUGAACACUUACCAAAAAUUCCAAUAACGGUAUGUUGUCCUAAACUUUACAGACUGUGACAAUUUUAAAAUAAACUAUGACUUAGCAUAUUGCAAUUUUGUGUAGACAUAACAAAUUGUGACACAUUCCUACAGUGCUUUUCAUUAAAACUGAGGUAUGUUUUACUCAACCAGUUGGGGGUUUUCCUCUUUUGUUUUCUGCUCCAUAUGUUUGCGUCCCCCCCUCAUCUACGUUGCUGAGUCAGAGUCAAAUAUUAAACCGGAACGUUCCACUCCCACACAAAAAUCUCCUGACUACUCGCUCGCUAAGAAACGGGGAGUUUAGGAAGAAAAGAGCAGGAGGAGGCCGUGUCUCCGACUAAGGGGAGGAUGUUGAGUUAUGAGCUCUGUGACCACCAAAGAGAACAAACCUUUUCUUCUUGAAUUAUUACAAGCAUAAUCAAAAAAUAGUACAAAAACGAGGCAAGCACACAUUCGGAUGAAAUUGCAGACUGUAUUGUAUAUACAGCAACAUUAUACAUUCAAAGCACGUCACCUUGGUAACCACCGAACAGAAAAUUGCGACUUAGCUAACACAGCACAAAUAAGUUACCCUCACAAAAUAUCACUGUAGAAAUGCGCAUGUGUCAAACAUGUUGUGAAAGAGUCUUUUUAGUAGCAGCUAAAAGCAUCGCUAGUCUUGUUUUUAUUUAUUUUUAUGUUUUAAUUGCACUGCUUUGUCUUGAGGCCAUGUAUUAUAACCACCCACACUGUGACAAAAAAAAAAACAUGCAGUGGUUUAAAUAGGUGUUGUAUAUCACAGAAGAAAGUACAAAAUAUCUACCUAACGCCAUGGAAUUUGCGCAGAGAGAAAUAAAUAUGUAUGGAAAGAAACUACUACAAUUAUGUAGUACUCGCACAUUUACAUCUGGAGUUUGUAGUUACUUCUUGAUGGUUAAAUUAGAAAAUCUUGUACAACCCUGUCUCCGAAAAAGACAAAAAAAUGACCCUGCAAUGUCACGAUGAAAACGAAAUUAAGAGUUUUGGCUUGUGACAAGUCUACAAAUCUGUACAUGGAACCUUUAAAGUGGGAGGUUCUGAAAUAAUUUGGGAGGCUAUGUCAUGAAUCGCAGCAAGUCAGCUGACAAAUCCCAUUAAACCUCAGUGAAGUUGGGCCCCCAUCAGACACAAAUUUAUAUAAAAAUGAUGUCAAUGGUUUUUGCUUCACAAAGGUGGGUAGUAACUAGAGGUGGGAAUCUUUGGGUACCUGACGAUUCGAUUACGAUUACGAUUCAGAG